ACUACCAGCUGCCGAAAGAUGCGCGCACGUUGCUUAAGACAAGGCAAUGUGGAAAAGAAAUGUACCCUAUAGCAGGGGGAGAAUUUUGGUUCCCUGGGGUACGAUCGGGUCUCAAGGAUCACUUUCGCGAUGUGCCACCAAGAGUCAGCAAAUUUUCGUUGAACUUUUCGAUUGAUGGACUUCCACUGUACAAGAGCACUCGAAAACAGUUUUGGCCCAUAUUAAUGAGCAUUCAAGAAAUGCCGGAAGUUCCAGUAUUGAUGGUGGGCAACUUUUUUGGUGAAUCGAAACCAAAGAGUGUUGAGGAAUAUCUGCGUCCGCUUGUCGACGAGCUAAAUGGAUUGAUGGAUAAUGGCAUUGUAAUAGCCAAUAAGCCAAUCGAAAUACAGGUAAGAGCUUUCAUCGCGGACUCACCAGCACGAGCAUUCAUAAAAGGUUCAGUUUACUUCAACCACACACAUGGUUGCCAAAAAUGUACGGUACAAGGAAGAUAUCACAGCGCACACCGAGUUACAUGUUUCCCGGGAAUGGAUCAUCCAGCAAGAACGCAUGAAGAUUUCGUCCAAUCAAAUUACGGAGCACAUCAUCGGGAAAAAACGCUUCUCAUGGAUCUUAAGAACUUUGACAUCAUAAAGCAGAUUAUUAUAGCAGAUCGUUUGCACCUCUUUGACUACGGCGUAACAAGAACAAUGCUGAAAGGAUGGAAAUCAGGCAAAUUAGGAGGGAGUGCCAAGUGGUCUGAAGAAACAAUAAGCAAGAUUGAUGCUUUGCUGAAGGAGGGGGAACUUCCUUUAGAGUUUCAUCGCAAACUCCGUUCUGUUGAAGACAUUGGAUUGUGGAAAGCUAGUGAGUUCCAAAUGUUUCUGCAUUACGCGAGCUUUAUCGUUUUGAAGGAUGUAUUAACAGAUGUACAGUAUGACCAUUUUAUAAAGUAUUACUGUGCGGUAACAUUGUUAUCAUCCGAAGUGUAUAAGAAUGAUUGGCUUGAGGCGAAACGCUUGCUAAGAGAGUUCGUUUUAGAAUAUGGUGUUAUCUACGGCGAACAUUGCAUCACCAGCAACAUACAUAGUUUGUUGCAUGUGUAUGAUGAUGUAGACAAAUUCGGCCCGCUUUACACCAUUUCAUCUUAUCCCUUUGAAACCCUAAGCAAACGUAAUACAUGCCGGUUAUUACAAAACGGUAUUUUUUUCCAGAUGACCCUUUCCAACUGCAAGAAGCGAAAAAUGUUCUAUCGAAAAGGAUAUCCAAAGCCUCAUGUAACCUAUUGA